AUGGUGCCGCCUCCUGGGCCCGGCGCCCCCGGCUCGGGCUCGGCCCCUUCAUCCUGCGGCCCCGGGGCGCGGGGCGGCGCUCUCCCCGCUCCCGGCCAGGCCCGGCCCGGCCCGGCCCGGGCCCCGCCCGCCCGCUCGCUCUCCGCCCAGGGGCCGCGGGCCUGUCAGCGGCGGCGGGAGGCGGCGGAGGCGGCGGAGGCGGAGGCAGCGGCGGCGGCGCAGCUCCCGGGGCGGGCAGGCGGGCGGCUUCUCCGCCUCCUUAGCGACCCACUUCCGCCUGCCGCGGUUGCGUGCGCAACCACGCCGCCUCCUCCCCGCCUACAACUCCCAGCAGCCUGCGCGCCCAACUCAGGCCCGCCCUCAAUGGUUCCAAUUCCCGGCGUGCUCUGCUCCUCCGCGGGAGGGGCAUUGAGCGAGACGGUGGUGGGAUGCUACUUUGGGGCUGGCCAGAGCUGGGGCACCCAGACCCGAAAGCAGGCAACCAUGUUUCCAGAAGCGGGGAGUUUGGGGAUUGCCUCUACCAUGGGCACCCUGACCUGCGGACCCCCUCCUCCCCGGCUGCCUGGUGCUCUUUUAGCCCGAAGGGCCACCGUGUGUCAGGAGGCUGAGAAAGGCCAGAAGAAGACAUCGGGGAUCCCUAUGUGUGAGACCGCCCCACAUUCUCGGGGCUUUUGGAAUCGAAUUGAGGGGCCCCUUCAUGGGGUUGUAGGUCCGGGUCCCGACCUGUUCUGGCUUCCCUCGACCGUGGGCUAUAUCAGCCAUGACUUCACCAAGAAGGCUAGUCCUGCGUACUCCUUCCUCAGCAGGCCCUGCGACGUGCCUCGACGAGACUCCAGUCCUGGGCCCUGCUAUUUCGUGCAGCCCAACAUCACCCGCUUUGGCCGGAGCAGUGCCCCUGCCUACUCCCUGCAGUCCCGCACCAAGCCCAAAGAUCUGGAGGUGACACCUGGUCCUGGUGCCUAUAGCCCGGAGAAGGUGCCUCCCAUCAACCAACCAAGACCUCCUGCUUAUAGCCUGGGCUUGCACACUCCCCGUUGCCGCCUGGUGAACUCCAUCCCGGCCCCCAACAGCUAUACCCUGCCUUCUCUGUGGGGCUCCCAGAUCUUUACCAAACCCUGCAGUCCUAGCUAUUCAGUGUCGGGUCGAACGGCCCAGGCCCGUUUCACUGAGGAUCCAUCGCAACUCCCUGGGCCAGGUCAAUAUGAGUGCAUAGACCCAGAUGCUUAUAGGCAGCGCCGGGGGCCUGCCUAUACCAUGCUGGGACGCCCCAGUGCUCCUCGCCCCCUCUUCCAGACACCAGGGCCUGGGGCCCACAACCCUGAGCAAGUCACGGUGCACUGGACCCGGUCACCUGCUUACUCUCUGGGUAUUCGCCACUCCAAGUUCAUUACUCCUCUGGUCACAAACAGGACAGCUUGAGCAUCCUCUCAUGUCAAUCCUCCCUCUCUCUAAGCAUGACCUGUAUCACUGGGACUGGAUCCCUAGGGGAUCAGGGGCCAGGAACUGGAAGGUUCCCCUUCCAAGAAAGGAGGGGAG